AUGUACCUUACAAAUUGUACCAGACCUGAUAUAGCAUUUGCCGUCAACUUACUAGCACGGUAUAGUUCUGCACCAACUCGAAGACAUUGGAAUGGAGUCAAGCACAUUAUGCGUUACCUUCGAGGAACGACUGAUAUAGGGUUGUUUUAUUUAAGAAAAUCAAAGCCCCAGUUGAUUGGAUAUGCAGAUGCAGGUUAUCUUUCUGACCCUCACACAGCCCGAUCACAAACAGGGUACUUGUUUACUUGUGGUGGUACUGCUAUAUCAUGGCGAUCUAUGAAACAGACCAUGACUGCAACUUCCUCAAAUCACUCUGAGAUACUCGCAAUUCAUGAAGCAGAUUUAUUCACUAAAGCGCUUCCAACUACAACAUUCAAGAAGUUAGUGGACAACAUUGGAAUGCGUCAACUAAAGGAUCUUCAGGAUUGA